AUGCCGGCAACUCAGGCUGUUGAUCGGCCAUGGGAAGAAGGGCAUGAGGAAGAGGAGGAGUACGCCAUGGCAGGAAUAACCGUGUGGGGAACAUUCCCUGACUUCUCGGCGGGCAUUCAGGGCGCUGCACCCUCCAGGCGCAGGGGCGGCGCCGGCUCGGGCUCUCUGCGUUUCGCCGCAGCGCUCCGGGCCGAGCUGGACGCGAGGCUCUUCGGGCAGCACCUGGCCAGGGACGUGAUCCUGAAGGCCGUGGCGGGCUUCUUCAACAACCCCAGCCCGAAGAAGCCGCUCGUCCUCUCCCUGCACGGCUGGACCGGCACGGGCAAGAACUUCGUCAGCCAGAUCCUGGCCGAGAACGUGCACAAGGGAGGCCUCCGGAGCAAAUUCGUGCACCUGUUCGUUUCCACGCUGCAUUUUCUGCGCAGCGACCAGAUCCCGCUGUACACGGACCAGCUGCAGAGCUGGAUCCGGGGCAACGUCAGUGCCUGUGCAAGGUCAGUCUUCAUAUUUGAUGAAAUGGACAAACUGCACCCGGGACUGAUUGACGCCAUCAAGCCAUUCCUUGAUUACUAUGAGCAGAUUGACGGCAUAUCCUACCAAAGGGCCAUCUUCAUCUUCCUCAGCAAUGCUGGGGGCGACCUGAUCACCCAGGUGGCCCUGGACUUCUGGAGGAGUGGACGGGCCAGGGAAGACAUCCAGCUGAAAGACCUGGACAGCGCCUUGUCCUUGGCCGUUUACAACAACAAGAACAGUGGCUUCUGGCGCAGCAGGCUGAUCGACCGAAACCUCAUCGAUUACUUUGUGCCUUUCCUUCCACUGGAGUACAAGCACGUGAAAAUGUGCAUUCACACGGAGAUGCAGUCCCGUGGGCUCCAGCCUGACGAGGCGGUGGUCGAGAAAGUGGCUGCUGAGAUGACCUUUUUCCCGCGAGACGAGCGGAUUUACUCGGACAAGGGCUGCAAGACUGUGCAGAGCAAGAUAGACGUCUACUGAGGGCCACUUGGUGUGUCCUUGCUGAGCAGCACCAGACGGGGAGGCCCGUUGUGACGUGUCCCUCCAAACGGGUUGCCUUGCGGAAGCACUUUCAGGUGCUCCAAAAGCAGCCCCACCACCUCCAGAGCGCGCCUUCUCACGUCUGCGACUUUCAGGCUGCCGGGUCUCAUGGUCGCCCCCACCCCCCGCAGAUCCGUGUGCCGUCACCCCGGAACUGCCAUUCUGGCAUUCCCACUGAAAUCUCCGCAGGCCUCACCUGUGCCUCGGACGUGGCCUCGGUCUGGAAGGCCACACACAGUUUGUUGUUUUCCUUAUGACCUCAUGGCUUGUUCCAAAUCAAACAGAACCAGUUCUUGCACUUUGUGUGUGGGGUGGGGUGGGGUGGGCGACCACUGGUGUGGAAGUCAAAGUACGGGUGAGUUUGGCCUGACUUUGGUCCCUCUCUGGGAUGCAGCCGGGGAGGAGCACGGGGCCGCGGUGGCUUCCAGCACUCAGGCUAUUCCAAGAGGCCAGAGAUGGGCAGAGCAGCUCUUCUGCAAACGUGACACAUGGCAGAUGUGCCAGGAAAUGAGAAGUGCCUUUAUGUGGAACAGGUGCGUUACUGGCGCGUGCGUGUGUGUUCUCUUCCUCCCAGUCUCUCUCUCAGAGCUGCCAUGAGGUUUGCUCCUCCCAAGUGGCACCAUAGCACAGUGGCAGUGAAAAUGGAUAGCAAAGAGCUCUUGAGCACUGGAUAAGCCAGCCAUGAGAAGAAGUCAGACCUUAGGAUUUGAUGCCAUUCUGUAUCCCUUAAGAGUCCAGAGCAGAGUGGGCAACUCUGCGCACUCAAGGUGUUGGUCUCCAUUUUUGCGGUCCUUCUCCACUGGCUGCUGGAAAGGGCUGAUGGGAGCUGUAGGCCAGAACAGGCAGGUCACUCCCUGGUCUAGGGUGGGCAGGGAAUGUGUGCCCCCCACCAUGUUUUUGGACUCCCAUCAGCCACAGGCAGCACUGCCAGUGCUGGCACAUUGUGGGAAUUAAUAGUUCAGCAAUAUCUGGAAGCCUCCUAACAUUGAGAAUUGCUGCGUGCUUGCUGUGUGGUGGAGAAGCCAGAUCUGCAUUGAGUGGCAGAUUUGGAACUUUUUAAUUAAUCAAUGCUAGAUGCGAGUUGUUUUGUUAACUGCUCUAAUUUUGGAAGCGUUUCAGAACAACAAAAGGCCCUUUAUAGCUGCUGUGAUUGAUUGCACUGUAUCGUAUUCCAUCUCCGCCUCGUUCUUCACUUUCCGCUUCCUAUGCAGCCUAAAGUUGUAUACUUACUAGUACUGAUGUUUUCAAUGCUGGGGAAUUUUGUGGACUAAACUUCAUGCUCACAAAGAACUGCAGUAAAAGGUUUUUAUGCAAGUCC